AUGGAAGACACCAACAUUGAAGUUCUUAGAUUCUUCCUUAUCGGGAUCCCUGGAGUGGAGAAGAGUCACAUCUGGAUAUCCAUCCCUUUCUCAUCCAUGUACUUUGUUUCUCUCCUGGGUAACUUCAUCAUCCUUUUCUUUAUUAAGACAAAGCCAAGCCUCCAUGAACCCAUAUACUAUUUCCUUUCCACACUAUCCAUCUCUGACAUAGGGUUGUCCCUGUCUUCCUUACCCACCACUUUGGGACCGUUCCUGUUUGGUGUCUGUGGAAUUCAUGCAGCUGCAAGCUUUGCCCAGGAGUUCUUUGUCCAUCUAUUCACAGUCACUGAAGCCUCUGUGCUAUUGGUAAUGGCAUUUGACCAGUAUGUGGCUAUCCACAACCCUCUUAGACAAUGCACAAUCUUAACCAGCUCCCAAGUCACCAAAACAGUGGUCUUGCUGACUUCCCAAAAUAUUAUGUUGAUUCUUCUACUGCCCUUUCUGUUGCAAAAGCUGGCAUACUGUCAUCAAAAUCUGCCCUUAUACUCCUACUGUCUCCACCAGGGUGUCAUGAAGCUGGCCUGCUCUGACAACAGAGUCAAUAUUGUCUAUGGACUCUGUGCUGCCCUUUCUACUAUUUUGGAUUUGCUGUUUAUUACUUUCUCCUUCAUGAUGAUCUUAAAGACAGUACUGGGCAUUGCAACCCCCAGAGAGCAGCUGAAGGCCCUCAACACCCACAUCUCUCCUAUCUGUGCUGUGCUUAUCUUCUAUGUGCCCACGCUGAGUGUGGCCAUGCUCCACCAAUUUGCCAGCGAUGUGUCUCCUAUGAUCCACAUUCUCAUGGCUGUUUUCCUACUGGUGCCUCUCCUGAUGAAUCCCAUUGUGUCCUGUCUGAAGACCCAUCAAAUCCGCAAAAAGGUUAUGGGGAAAUUUUGUUCAAAAAGAAGUUUAUAA